CGCUGCGGCGGCGGCGGCGGGCGGCAGGGGGGUUAGGGAUGCUGCUAGGAGCGAGGUGGAUGGCGGCGACGGGGCGGCUGGGAGUGAUGUUCGUACGGCCGCUGAAGCGGCAACAGCGGAGCUGCGAGCUGCUGCUUCUGCGGCGACGACAACGGGUGCAGCGGCGGCAGAGGGUGAUGGGAAGGACGACGGUGGUGGUGAUGGUGACGCCGACCUUCCGCUGGUCUUCCUGCACGGCAUCGGGCUGGGCCUGACGCCCUACCUGCGGCUGUUGGGUCGGCUAGUGGUGGCGGCUGGCGUCGGCGGCGGUAACAGCAGCGUCUAUGGCGAUAGCGGCGAGCAGGAACACCAGCAACACCAGCAGCAGCAGCAGCAGCAGCGGCAGCAGCGGGCGCCCCCCCGCCGUGUGUUCGCGGUGCAGUACAAGCACGUGUCCAUGCGGCUCACCGGCAGCAUCCCCGCACCGCAGCAGCUGGCGGCGGAUGUGGCGGCAUUCCUCAGCAGCAGGGGUGUCACCCGCAUGUCGCUGCUGGCUCACUCGUACGGCAGCCUGGUGGCCUCGGCGCUAACCAAGAUGGCAGCAGCGGCACCCGCAACAGCAACAACGGCAAGGGCCCCCGCAAUCAGCCGCCUCACGCUGGUGGACCCCGUGUGCUUCGCCAUGUUCCUGCCGCAUUACGUACGGAACACCAUGAACCUGCCACCGCCGCCGCUGCCACCAUCAACGCUGGAAGCGAUGGCCUCCUUGCGAGGCAUCCAGCAGCCGGAAGCCAGCAGCCAGCAGGGCUUAUCAGAGACGCCAUCGGACCUCCUCGCAGACGCCGCAAGUGAUGCGUUGAUGUCAGGAGCUGGCUCCGGAACCGCCGGUGCAGUGCAAGGCAACGAUGGUGGGCAGCAGCACAGCAUGGCGGCCGCUGAGGGCGGGGUACCUGGUGCGGCAACCGGCAGGGGGCGGACGGCUGCUCCGGGUGCUGCGGUGCGGCGCCGUCUGGUUAGGAACCUGCUGCGAGGCCUGGUGGUUGCGGAGUUCCACUGCUCCGUGGCGCUGCGGCGGCGACUGGACUGGGCCGCCGUCAACCUGUGGCCCUCCGAGCUGCCGGCGGACAGCACGGUGGUGCUGUGCGGGCGGGACAACCUGGUGCCGGUGCGCGAGGUGGCGGCCAUACUGGCAAACAGGGCGGCCAUGAUGGGGCGUGACGCGGAUGUGGCUGCUGGUAGCGGAGGUGGAGGUGCAGGUGCAGGCGGCAGCCACCCCACCGUGUUGUUCCAUGAGCAGCUGGGACAUGGGGGCUUCCUGACGGACGAGGCCUGCCAGAUGCAGGUGCUGGCGGCGACGGUGGGAGCGAGUGUGGAGGAGGUACGGCAGAGGCUGGCGGAGGCGGCGACGGUGAGCGCGAACCGACGCCGCGGCGUGCAGCGCAACUGCAGUGUUGCAGGAGCGACCGCAGGCAAGGCUGCUGGUCUGGGCACGACUGCAGCCGAAGCGUCUUCCACGCCCAUGCGUUCUACCGUCCGCUCCAGCGCUAGCCCAGGGCAGCGCCGGCGCUGGCUGCUGGCGCUGCAGGUGCUGCGGCUCCGGCUGUGGCCGCCGCUGCAAAGCCAUGCUGCUAGUAACGGCUGUAGCAAUCCGUACGGGAUUCGGGGCCUGCCUCUAGAAACAAAGGGCAAGCCUGGAGGCGCCAGCACCGCCGCUUCCGUCAGUAGUGGUACCAAUGCCGCGAACAGCCCAAACCAGCAGAUGCGGUGGCGUCGCUACCGCCCAAGCACACCACAACAGACACACGCCCCAGCGCCGUCAGGGCUUGCCCGCACUCCGCCCCGGUUGCUGCAGCUGCUUUCGCCGCUGCUGCCAUUCCACUCAAUGCGCUCAGGCCAGACGCAGCAGGACCCUCAGCCCCAGCCAUCCUUAAGCCCCCCUCCUGGAGUCGGCCUUGCGACCAGAUUCCGACCCUGGGCGGCUUUGCGAGGCGGUCUUGCACCAACAAGAGCACCUGCUGUCGCUACGCAGACCUGCCGGCCCACACCAUUAUUACCACCGUCCUGCAGUGCUGACGCGUCGUCUGAUGAGGGAGACAUCAUUGAGGCAUUGCUUCCGGGGCUGUGCGCUGAUCUUGGUGCAUGCUGUGAAGACGGUGGUGGCCGCAGCAGCAGGCGUGCGGGCGAGGAGGAGUGCUGCAGGGGGAUGGGGCAACCCGUCAGCUGCAACGGCCUCAUGGCAUGUGACCAGGUCGACGCUGAUGCCGACAACAUCAACAUCGAAGUCGAGGCCUCGGUCGCUGCUUCAACCGCAGAUCGCUUCAAUGGCCAAGUCAGCGGCAUCCAUUGCGGCAGCAGUGAUGGCUGCUCCUCCUCCUCCGAUGACGACGAUUAUGCCGGGGGCGGCGCCAAUGCCAGCAUGGGCUGCAUGUGCGGUUGCGAUGCUUGGGAAGCUGGCGGAGGUAGCCCAAAACUGGCAGACGCAGGCUCCUGGGCUGACAGCACAUGGCACGAGGGAGGCAUUCUUCCGGACAGCAAGGUUGGGGUUGUGCCGCCAGUGACCCAUGGGUCGUUCUUGCCGCGACCCAGAUCAAAUGGCGUGCCUGGGGCCGAGGCCUCCAUGUGCCUUGCUUCUAGCGUUCCCACUAGCCCUACAUGCAUCCGCGACAGCAACGCCUGUGGUGCAAGCGCGGUGGCGUACUCAGGGGCGUCCGCUGCUGUUGACACGCCUUCAAGCAGCAACGGAGGCAGCGACCUAGCAAGCGGUGCUAGGGAUGCGUUCCCUUGCGGCUGUACGAGUACGGGAGGCCGCUUGUACGGAAGAAUGGAGCAUGUCGAGGCAGCGAGCAGGGGCAGCAGCAGGGGCAGCAGCGCAGCUGUGAGCCCAGUACGCCGCCAACUGUCGCAGCCGCCGCCACUGUCGCAGCCGCCGUCGCCACUGUCCGGCAACAUGCGGCAAGCAGCAGUGCUUCCUGUGCCGGGAGUCCCGCCGCGGCGGCCCCGAUCUGGAUUGGUAAGCGGCAUGGAUGUUGGCAUCCGGUGAGAGUGUACGGCAGCGCUGGUGCCGGGGCGUGUGCAGUGUGCAGUGGGCUGGUGGGGGCCUUGUGGCCCUGUGGCAGCCGCCCUGUUGUGGACGAAAAUUCUGUUCAGCCGCGUUCGGGUCCUUUUCGUCUGUGAUGUCCUCAUGGUUUCGUAACGUUUCCGUGCUGACUAGAGCAGCUAGUCUUACAUGCAGGAUGCCAAGUCCUAUACUGUAGGGAGCAGGCGGGAUUCAUCCUUCUAGGCGGAGUGGACGCAAGAUGCUUAGCGAGUAUUGAGGAUGGUAGCAGUACCGUAUUGAUUGCAGGGUUUUGCAAGUCAGCAUGAGUGACCCAGCUGUGAAAGCUGUGAGGUCCGUAGGUCUGGUGUAGCAUGUCUUGAGGAAUGCAGUGCAUGGUAGUAUGGCAUGGUAAAGCUAUACCCAAUAGCGCAGGAGAUCUUACUAGACGUACAAAAUGACGACAUUUGCAGCAGGGGUGUAAAGAUGGUACGCUGGAGAUAAGGUUCCUGUGAGAUGCUGGCGUACUGUGGGUUUAGGGCUACAGGGGCCACGGUUUUGUGCAGGCUAGGCGGAUGUAAUACCUGUGGCCGCGCGGGAGUCCCGGGCAGAGAGGGACCAAAGGAGCAAUGCCGGUAACUCGAGAGCGUGCAUGUACCAUCCUCAGCUAAAAGGUAUGUGCGGGAAGCACUUCCCACUGCGUGCCUGUACGCUGGGUACGUCAUGACCUGUUACCGGUAGCCAUCUGUUAUCUGGUCCAUGUAUGAUGUGGGAUGACGUUGCACAUGGCCUUUAACGAUACCGAUGCGUUUGCUUUUAGGGAUAUGAGCUUUUCAGUAUUGUCGCACAUGCUGUAUGUGCCGCAUGUCCAUAUGGCCUAUACCGUUAUACGAUCGGCUAAUUGCUGGGAGUAAUGUAAGCAGCAAC